UACUUUUGGCAUCUGGACAAGAAACAUGAAACACCGAGGAACAAAAUGCACCACCUCCAAGACGAUACUGUGAAGCACCAUAAACAUAAUUCAAUAACAUGAAUCCAAUCUCGACACCAACUCCCCCCAGCGAGGGCACAAACCAAAGCCUAGACCAACCACAACAUUACGAGGGAAAUGUGCAGCUUAUGGAAGCCCGCUUUUUGCAGCUGUGCUCGUCCAUCCGGGCGCUGUACCGGUCUGUCCAGGAACUCCGCGUGCAUAUCACGGAGCAGCGCGUGGGAAAUGGCGACAACGAGAACGAUGAUACUUUGGUCUUCCUGCAGGCGAUCUGCGAGAACCAACAGGUCCUCAAAAAACAGCGCAUUGAACUGGGCGCAAUCGUCGAGAGGAUGCAGAGGCUAAACGCUGAUACGAACCUACCAGACGAUAUCCGCAUCAUGGUUUUCGACGUCGACGAAGAGAACCAACGAGAGCAGCACCACGACGCAAGAGAGGGCGAGAGAAACAGCCGUGGAGGCACUGGGUUAUAUUUGUGAGAAAUUUAUCGAAUGGAAAUAAAUUGAAACAGAAUGGAACGAAGUGUGAAGGCACGACACUGUUUAUCGAUUCAGACAGGGAUCCGAUUUUCUAUUGGCGUGCUGUUUUGCAGCCAAACAAUCAACCUCUGUAUUCUAUUCUACGUCUGCUUCUCCUUAAAUAGAGGGAGUAAAAUCUGAUGCAACUCGUGAGAAAUAGACUCCUCGGAAAUCAUGAUGCUUUCUGAACUGACAAGACACUUUACAGUAUCUCCCAGCGGGAUCGUUCCUCGUUCAAGGCGUCCUCGAGUCUGUUAUUUGUUGCACCCUCUUUGGAUGCGACGUUGGUAGGGUGAUCAGAGUCCGUGAAAACAGUGCAGAAAACAAUAUAUAUCGCAAGAUCGCUAACUGCGAACCUCUUUUCGUUCUAUAGUUAAGCGGGGAGGGUUUGGUGUUUCUCAUGGCAUGUUGACAUAACAAGACGAAGGAACAAAACUGUAAAAUUGGACGUUUUGACUGGAGCUGCGUUGUAUAUUGAAUCAGAUUGAGAUCAUGAGAAACAUUCAUAUUGCGAUCAAUGAAAAGAAAAGUGAAGCUAUUGGCUUGUUAAUAGCCAAUCGAAUACCGAAGCGAACAAGGCUGCACAGGUUUUCCGAGUUCACUACUAUCAACAAAAAUCUUAAUAAAAAUUCUAGUACUGUGACGACUAACAGCACCCACCUUUAUAUCGGUAAUUGGACUGGACUCAUACAUGAGGCAACGUAAACAAAUCAAUGACUAGACA